CCAAAUUAUUGCAAUGUCCCUCCUCGCAUCCCGCGCCCCCCGGCGCCUCCCCCUCCGCGUCGGCCACACCUCCGUGCGCAACGCCGCAUCCAGUGGCGGCGGCGGCAGCGGCAAACCCGAAGUCGCACAGCAGGGCGACCCGAAGAAAGACACCCUCCGGCGCGUGCUCUACCCCGCGAACGUGCGGCAAACCUCGCCCUCGCCCGUCGGCGCGUGGCGCCCGGAUGUCGCGCGCGCGCUGCAGCACGCGGUGCCCUCCGCGCAGGCGCACGACACCGUCCUGCGCGCGUGGCAGCUGCACGAGCGGCGGCAGCGCGAGGCGCGCGCGGCGGAGCUCGGGCGGAAGCUGAGGUGCAUGCGGGAGGCGAUGGAGGAGCUGGCGAGGGUGGAUGUGGGGCUGUAUCAGGAGGCGAAUAGGGCGGAGGAUCCGAGGAGGAGGGGUGUGCAGGAGGAGGAGGCGAUGAAGGGCGCGUCGGAGGUCGAGAGGAGGGCGGUUGAUUCGAGGGCGAGGGGGCUGUUCCCGCGCGAGCUGAGGAUACCGACGGAUACGCCGCCGAGGGAUGGGUGGACGUAUGAGUGGAAGCCGUUCAAGCGUCCCCAGACAUAGGCGGAAGCCCAACUCACAUAGAACAUACACUAUAUAGCACAUCCUCACGACGCCCUAAUCCCGAAAAGUUUCUGCAUGCAUAAUACACUGGUGAUUGG